CCAGCGCUCCCGCUCGCUCCGGGCGGCCUCGGCGGCCCCGGCGGCCUCAGCGUCCCCGUUCGCUCCGCGCCCAGCCCCGGGCGGCCCGAAGCGCCGGGAAGAUGUCGCGGCCCGUCAGGAACAGGAAGGUGGUCGAUUACUCCCAGUUUCAGGAAUCAGAUGAUGCUGAUGACGAUUACGGAAGAGAUUCGGGUCCCCCAUCCAAGAAAAUCCGCUCGUCUCCGCGAGAGGCCAAAAACAAGAGGAGAUCUGGGAAGAAUUCUCAGGAGGACAGUGAGGAUUCAGAAGACAAAGAUGUGAAGACUAAGAAAGAUGAUUCACACUCAGCAGAUGAAGAUUUUGGCAGUGAAGACGAUGACGUCGGAGCUGACGACGGCAAAGCCGACAGCGACUACGAGAGCUCUCAAAAAAGCAAAAAAGGAAAGAAGGCUAAACCAGACAAGAACAAGAGAGCAGCCUCCAAAUCCAGGAAAAGGCCUGCAGAGGACAGCGAGGAUGAGAAGGAAGAUCACAAAAACGUUCGUCAGCAGCGGCAGGCGGCGUCCAAAGCAGCCUCCAAACAGCGGGAGAUGCUCAUGGAUGACGUGGGGAGUGAGGAGGAAGAGCAGGAGGAUGAUGAGGCACAGUUCCAGGAGACAGAUUCAGGAAGUGAUGAAGACUUCCUCAUGGAAGAUGAUGAUGACAGUGACUAUGGCAGUUCAAAAAAGAAGAAUAAGAAGGUCUCCAAGAAAUCCAAGCCAGAGAGGAAAGAAAAGAAAAUGCCCAAGCCCAGGCUAAAGGCCACAGUGACCCCCAGCCCAGUGAAAGGCAAAGGGAAGGCAGGUCGCCCCACAGCUUCCAAGGCAACAAAAGAAAAGACCCCAUCCCCCAAAGAAGAGGAUGAAGAGCCUGAAAGCCCCCCAGAAAAGAAAAAAUCAGCCAGCCCUCCACCAGAAAAGUCAGGGGAUGAGGGAUCUGAAGAUGAAGCACCCUCUGGUGAAGAUUAAAAUGGCAGUGGAGGAAAAUCUUUGUUUAAAAAAAAAAAAAAGAGGAAAAAAAAAAAAAAGAAAGAGGAAAAGAAAACAAUACUUAGGGGUAGAACACGGUUUUGGCUGUGGCUUGACUCAUGGGCUUUGAAUGCUGUCUUUACUUUCAGCUGUUUAAUACAGUGUAUCCUUUUUUAAUAAGAGGAAACCCUUCUACAGUAAUAUUUUGAAGUCAAUGUUCUCUGUUGGCCAUUCCGUUCUCCCUCCCCUGCCAAAUCUGGAAAGCCAUUUGGGACAAAUUAACAGACCAUUCAAUAUUUUAUUUUUAUUUUUUCCAAGGGAUACUGCAGUUGUGAAGCAAUAAGGUUUGAGACUGAUCUGUGGAAACUAUACUUACAAAAUCCUUAAGUAGAAUAGAUUAUCCCAGUGCUGGUAAGAGCUGUUUAAAACUAUUACUCUGCAUUUGGAAUAUAUGGAGAAAAAAAAAAAAAAUAAUGAACCUCUGCUUUAAUAGACUUUGAGAGGAAUUCACCCUCUGCAAAAAUGUAGUUGAUCUAAUUCCAGUGGAGGAGGAUGGAACACGGGGAGGAAUCCUGUGUUUCUUGGAUUCAGGCACGUUUUUCAUGGAAAGCACUCAAGAAACUCGGAGAUGCUCCGGUGUCUGAUUUAGAAAAGACCCUCCAGUCAGGAUGGGAAAUCUUUUGUCUCUGCUGGAUAGAAAAGUGUUCUGCUGUAGGCAAAUUGCAGCCCAUUCCAGAGAAAUUCAGAUAUUCAACCUACAGCCUCCCCACAUCCAUUCACCCUUCCUUUAUUCCUUCUGGAGAGGGGCAGAACGGGGAAGAGAAAUUGCAAAAUCAUUUUUAAAACUGCUUCCCAUUGGGUAUGGUGGGAAAGGUUUUUAUUGCAGGUUUUUCCAAGGAAAAAAAAAUAACAGAUAAUGUAAAAUGGAAUUCUUCAGCUUUUGGGGCGAGGGUUGUCCUUUUGUGGGUGUGAGCAAAGGAUUCCUGUAGUGCUCUGGUCACUUGAGAUCCCAUGAGUCGGGCUGGUUUCUCUUCCCUGCCUCCUCCUGCCCCCAGCAAAGCUCCAGGGAUCCCUGGCAGGGGGCACAGCGGGCACUGGGCAGCUGCAGGGGGGCACUGCCCUGUCCCACCCUGCUCCCUGUGGGGUCUGGGGUCAGCUCCUCACCCUGCUCCCUGUGGGGUCUGUGGGGUCAGCUCCUCACCCUGCUCCCUGUGGGAUUCACUCAAUAAUCUGUCUGUGGGAUCUGUUCCCCUCCUGCCUGUAGGAUCUGCUCCCGGUUCUGCCCGUGGGAUUUGUUCAAUCCCGUCCUGCCUGUGGGUGCUGUGGGAUCUGCUCCCCUCCUGCCUGUGGGAUCAGCUCCCACGCUUUCUGUAGGAUCAGCUCCUCACUCCUGCCUGUGGGAUCUGUUCUGCUCCUCCUGUGGGGUCUGCUCCUCCCCUCCUGCCUGUGGGGUCUCACCCUUCCUGUGGGAUCUGUGGGAUCAGCUCCCAGCCCUGCCUGUAGGAUCUAUGGGAUCUGUAGGAUCAGCUCCCAGCCCUGCCUGUAGGAUCUGUGGGAUCUGUAGGAUCAGCUCCCAGCCCUGCCUGUAGGAUCUGUGGGAUCUAUGGGAUCUGUAGGAUCAGCUCCCAGCCCUGCCUGUAGGAUCUAUGGGAUCUGUAGGAUCAGCUCCCAGCCCUGCCUGUAGGAUCUAUGGGAUCUGUGGGAUCAGCUCCCAGCCCUGCCUGUAGGAUCUAUGGGAUCUGUAGGAUCAGCUCCCAGCCCUGCCUGUAGGAUCUGUGGGAUCUAUGGGAUCUGUAGGAUCAGCUCCCAGCCCUGCCUGUGCUGUUUUCCCUGGAGCUGGGAGCAGCUGGGUCGGGUCCCUGGCAGAGCAGGACGCUCGAGGUGUGUGCUGGCAUUUCCAUGGGUUUUUUAUCCAAGCAGACAUAGCCUUUCUUCCUUCCUUUUUUUUUUUUUUAAUUUUAUUUUCUAAACCUCAUUAAACCCCCCAAACCUUGGUUUUCACACCCUCAGAGUUUUCUGCCGCCUUUGUUGGUGGAAACAUUGAAAACUGGACCUGCCAUUUUUAUUUUUAUUUUUUUUCCUCAAACCCUCUGUGCUUCUGUCCGUUGCUCACGUUCUCUUCCAGCUGACAAGCUUCGCAUCCUUCUUGUUGUUUUGGGUUUUAUUUUUAUUUUUUGUCACAGAAUUACCCAUCUUGUAACCGGCCUCUGGAAGGUAACAUAAGGCAGCUAAUGAAUGAGUUGGGAUUUCUGGUGGCAGCAGCUUUGGGAUCCUGUUUGGGAUUUUGGAGAGCUCUUGGAUGUGGUACACUAAAUCCCGUCAGGAAGGACCCUGAAUCCACAGGGGGCUGUAGGACAGGUGUGGAAUGGGAUCGGUCAUUGUCCUGUGUGAUUCCCUAGCCCUGCAUUUCAUUGAGGCUGGUAAAUUCCUUCACCUUAUAAAAAUUGAAGUUCUCUAACGUUCUUGACUCAUGGAACUACUGUUGCCGUUACAAUAAAGAUGAUGUUGUUUCAUUGUAAA